AUGGCGCAAUACGGAGGGGGAGCUGGGUUCCCCCCAGGGGCAGGGUUCGGGGGAAUGGGCGGAUACGGGGGCAUGGGCGGGGGAAUGGGGGGAAUGGGUGGGGGAGGGUAUGGGGCAGCUGCAGGGGGGUAUGGAGGAGGGGGAGCAGCGUUUGGAGCCGGUGGAGGGGGGUAUGGAGCGGUGGGAGGGCAGUAUGGGGUGGGGAGCAGCAACGGGCAAGGGACAACGCUUUCUGAGUUCCUGCCCUCGACACGUCUCAAAUGCCCCCUUUCUCCUCCCUCCCCCCUCUCCCUCCCCCCUCUCCCUCCCCCCUCUCCCUCCCCCCUCUCCCUGCCCCCCUCCCCUCUCUUUCCAAACAGCCCAUCCAAUGACACGCCCUCCUAUGUUUGCCUCUUCCAUGCUCACGCGGGCCAACCCCAAUGCAGCAAGAGCGUCAGGGAAGCCAAUCAACUCACAGGUGGAGCAGCUGUUUCAAAGGGAUGCAGCCACGAUCCACCCGGCGGCUCCUUAAGCCACUCUGUUAACCCUUUUCUUCUUUCAACUCCUCCUUUUUCCCCCGUCCCCUUGUCUCAAGUGCAGGCGGAGCAGCUGUUUCAGAGGGAUGCAGCCAUGAUCAACCCGGCAGCACUGGAAGGAGCGGAGCAGCUGUUCCAAAGGGAUGCAGCCAUGAUCAACCCGGCAGCAUUGGAGGGUGUUAAAGCUGCCCUGGCCAGUAACGUGCCACUGGGCAUGGCCGGGCAGGCUGCCGGGCAGCAAAAGAAAAAGCGGCCGGUGCCGAGAACAGCAGCCGGGCAGAAAUGGGAAGAUCCAACUCUAACUGAAUGGCCCGAGAACGACCACCGGCUGUUCUGUGGCGAUCUGGGGAACGAGGUGAACGAUGACGUUUUGUCCAAGGCGUUUCAGAAGUACGCGUCGUUCAACAAGGCCAAGCACGCUGUGCUGGCCAAGGCGUUUCAGAAGUACGCGUCGUUCAACAAGGCUAAGGUGAGGUGGCAGGGACGGGGUGAUAGGGGUGGUGAGGGACAAGACCAGGGGAAGACCAAGGGGUAUGGGUUUGUGGUGAGGGACAAGACUACAGGCAAGACCAAGGGGUAUGGGUUCGUGAGCUUUGGUGAAGUGAUGGACUGUGCUGCUGCUCUCAAGGAGAUGAACGGGAAGUAUGUGGGCAAUCGGCCAAUCAAAUUGCGCAAGAGCUCGUGGCAGGAGAGGAUCGACACGGAGGCUCUUAAAUCUCGAAACCGGAGCAGCCGGCGAAUCCGCCGCGAUUCCGUCUUCCUACCGGAUUCCGUCCAUCGUGUAUUCUCCUCCAUCCUGACUCCUGAUCCGGACUGCGCUUCCCUCGUCCCUCGCUCCUGUGCCAUGGCGUACACGCGUUCCGAGGUCGUGGAGGAGGAGGAAGCUUCCACAAUAGAGCUACUGGGCGACUCGGUCAUCCCAGUAGUUAAUAAACUGCAGGAUAUCUUCUCCCAGCUCGGAUCAUCCAGCGCGAUCGACUUGCCGCAAGUAGCCGUUGUGGGAAGUCAGAGCAGCGGGAAAUCCAGCGUGCUCGAGUCGCUCGUCGGGAAGGAUUUCCUGCCACGUGGAUCCGACGUGGUUACGCGCCGACCGCUGGUGCUCCAGCUGGUGCAGGUGCCGAAGCGCGCGGACGGCAAGGCGGAGGAAUGGGGGGAGUUUUUGCACCUGCCGGGGAAGAGAUUCACGGAUUUCUCCGCGAUCCGGGACGAAAUUCAGCUGGAGACGGAGAGGGAGGUGGGGAUAAACAAGGGCAUAACGGAGAAGCAGAUUCGGCUCAAGAUCUUCUCGCCGCACGUGCUCACAAUAACCCUCGUGGACCUGCCCGGCAUCACCAAGGUGCCCGUCGGCGACCAGCCCUCCGACAUCGAGGCGCGCGUGCGAUCCAUGAUCCUCGCCUACAUAAAGCACGAGACCUGCAUCAUCCUCGCUGUUACCCCUGCCAAUGCGGACCUGGCGAAUUCGGACGCCUUGCAAGUGGCACGCAUGGCUGAUCCGGACGGGCAUCGAACGAUCGGAGUUAUUACCAAGCUCGACAUCAUGGACCGUGGCACAGAUGCAUGCAACCUGCUGCUAGGGAAUGUCAUUCCGCUGCGCCUGGGCUACGUGGGCGUCAUCAACCGCAGCCAGGAGGACAUUAACGCGAAGAAGAGUGUCAAAGAUGCUCUCACCUACGAAGAGGCCUUUUUCCGAAGCAGACCGGUUUACCAUGGCUUGGCGGAUCGGUGUGGGAUUCCGCAGCUUGCUAAGAAGCUCAACUCGAUUCUAGUGCAGCACAUUCGCCUGCUGCUGCCAGAUCUCAAGGCGCGGAUCAACGCUCAGAUGGUGGCGGUGCACAAGGAGCUUGUGGGGUACGGGGAGGCGGCAGAGCGGGCCACCAUGGGAGUUCUUUUGCUGAACAUUCUCACCAAGUACUCUCAAUCCUUCGUGACGAUAGUGGAUGGCAAGAACCAGGGCAUGUCCACAGCAGAGCUGGCGGGAGGAGCUCGAAUCCACUACAUCUUCCAAAGCAUCUUUGUCAAAUGCAUCGACGAGGUGGACCCCUGUGAGGACCUUUCAGACGAGGACAUUCGCACAGCCAUUCAGAACGCCACGGGAACGAAGAAUGCGCUUUUCGUACCGGACGUGCCCUUUGAGGUGCUGGUGAGGCGGCAGAUAUCGCGUCUGCUGGACCCCUCGCUUCAAUGCGCGCGCUUCGUCUACGACGAGCUAGUCAAGAUCGCUCAUCGCUGUGAGUCGUACCAGCUGGCCCGCUUCCCUGUAUUGAGGCGCAAGGUGGAGGAGACGGUGGGGAGCUUUCUCAGGGAGGGGCUCACUCCUGCUGAGACCAUGAUUCGGCACCUCAUUGACAUGGAGGAAGGGAAGGGCAGUGAGGGAGGAGGGCAGGGAGCAGCAGGGGCUGGCGCUGCUGGUGGUGCACUCACAGCAGUGGCAGCAGGAGGGGGGUCCCCGUCAACUGCUGCAGUGGCGUCAGUGGCAGCAGUGGCAGCAGGAGAGCAGCUUCGUUCUGAGUCCCACGGGAAGGGCAGUGAGGGAGGAGGGCAAGGAGCAGCAGGGGUUGGCGCUGCUGGUGGUGCACUCACAGCAGCGGCAGCAGGAGGGGGGUCCCCGUCAACUGCUGCAGUGGCGUCGGUGGCAGCAGCAGCGAAGCAGAGGGUGAUGCUGAUGAGGAAGGAGGGAGCGGGGCAGGGUCAGGGAGGGCAAGAGCAGCAGCAGCAACAGGGGGGCAAGCAGGCAGCCACUGCAAAUGGCACAGUGGCAGACAAACAAGUCUCUCCCUCCCUUCCUCCCUUCUGCUCGCAGGGUCCUCGUGGGGCGUCUCAUCCAUCUUCGGAGGGCAGGAGAGCAACAGAGGACCCCACCCCGCUGUCACAGACCUCACCCCUCGCCCCUUUGCGUCUGGCAGCAGUGAAUGGUAAUCAACGGGCCUCCUCUCAUCAUCUUCCUCUCGCGCCCUCUCCCUGCCACCUGCUCACAGGGUCCUCGUGGGGCAUUUCGUCCAUCUUCGGCGGGCAGGAGAGGAACCGAGGAGGAUCCGUCUUGUCUGCCACAGCCCUCCCUUCCCCCCUGCCUCGCUUCCCCUUGAUUCUCUUCAUCUUUCAUCCCUCCUUUCCCUCGCAUCACAGGGUCCUCGUCGGGCAUUUCGUCCAUCUUCGGCGUCACAGCACUGUCUGGGGCCAACAAGCUCACUCUCGUGCUUCAUCCUCCCCUCCCUCCCCUCGCAUCUCAGGGUCCUCGUGGGGCAUUUCGUCCAUCUUCGGCGGGCAGGAGAGGAACCGAGGAGGAAACGUCUCGUCUGCCACAGCGCUCACGCCCUUCCCACUCGCUUCGCCUGAACCCAUGUCUGCCCCUGGUGGUUCUGCUCCCAACGAGCCUGCAUCCACAAUCCUUCUCAGAGAGGCACUCUCAGCAGGGGGAGAGGUGCACUUACACACCCCUUUGGACCCUGAUGUGAGAGGCAUGGUGCAUGCCUUGGCGAUUCCUCACAAUGACAUGCCUGAGGGCAUGCGUGUUGGGAAUAGGGAUGCGUCUGGAGGGGUUAAGAGGGGUGCAGAUGGUGCUGUGCUGCGGGGAGGUGUGCAGCAGGCUCUGCCGUCUGGGGGAGGAAUGAGUGAAGGGAGGGGGGAUGGGGAGCAGGAAAUGCACACCCAGUCGAGAAGAGGGGGUCAGGAGCAGGCGCAGGAGCAGCAGCAGGAGCAGAAACAGGAGCAGCAUGCGCAGUUGAGAGGGGAUGGUCAACAGGAGCAGCAGCAGCAGCGUGAGCAGCCGGAGGGGCGAGGAGACGAGUCAGCAGGCGCAUCUGCCCGUGAUGUUGUUUUCCAGGUGCUGGACCCAGCAGCACAGAACGAGCAACAGGAGCAGCAGCAGCAGCAGGAGCGAGAAAGUGGGUUGAAAAGAGGAACGGAGACGAGUGGGGACGCGGCUCGCAGUGACCCUUUCGGUGGUGCUGAUGAUAUUGGCUAUGUGAGGAGGGAAGCAGGUGGAAAUGCGGCUGAGGGGGGCGAAAGGAACAUGGUGGUUGACGAUAGUGUUGCAGCAGAGGCAGGAGCGAGGCUGGAGCUUGGUGGGGGUGAUGAGAAAGAGAGUGAGGCGCAGCCAAUGGGGAGGUUUGUUGAGGACGCUAGUGCUUCAAGUCUUUUUCCCCCCAUCACCUCUACCCCUUUCUGGUCUCUAUCCCCUUGCAAUUGCCUCCCUUUUCCCACCCUCGUUUCUCUUUCUCGUACCCGUCCCCACCCUUCACUCCUCCUGUUCUUUCCAGCGUUAUCUCUCUCCUCCCUCAUGCCUUUUGUUCUCCCUAAAUUGUUAAAACGGCCGCCCUCGAUUUUGCGAGCGAGCGAGCAGCGAUCAGCAGAGGAGGGCGUGGAGAUCGGGGUAACCCGCUUACUCUUAAAGUCAUACUACGACAUUGUGAGGAAGAACAUUCAGGAUGCGGUACCCAAGGCGAUCAUGCACUUCCUGGUUAACCAUGUGAAGAGGGAGCUACACAGCGUGUUCAUCCAACAACUGUACAGGGAGGCGCUGUUCGAGGAGAUGCUGCAGGAGAGGGAGGACAUUGCAUCGAAGCGGCAGCGGUGCAAAGACAUAUAUGCAGUGCUGCAGCAGGCCGCAUGGACGCUGGACGAGCUCCCAAUAGACCCAGACGCCCCCUCUCGCCCCUCUGGACCUUCCCUACUCCUUUCUCCUACGCUAGACGAGCUCCCAUUAGACCCAGACGCCCCCUCUCGCCCCGCCUCCUCUGCUCUCGACGCCACCGGUCUUCCCCCGUCCUCCGGCCUCCUUCCACCUUCUCCUGGCUACCCCUCUCCCGCCCCCUCGUUGCCCUACCGCCCUGCACUCGCCUCUGCUGGUGGUGCUGGUGGUGGCGGUGGUUCUUCAUAUGGCUACGGGCAUGGACGGGGAUUGAGCAGCAGAGAAGGGGGGAUGGCGCCCAUUCCUUAUGGCACUCCAAGCACACAUGAGCAGUCUCACAUGACUGCUGUCAUGAACAGUGUAUGUUUCGCCAUUUUCAAGCAGUCGUGCCAUCCACAGUCACUUCGCACCUUCAGCGCCUACCUUCCGUGA